GUAAGGAGAUGACAGUCACAAAGAUAUCUGGGAGAGUCAGAGUGAAGAGUCAUUUUAGACACACGGUGAACUAUCUGAAGAAACUGGGAGUCCCUGUGAAUAACAGUAUCCAGGUGGAGCUCGGUUCUGCUGAGGGGAAGGCUUUGAUCUUCCACUCCCAGUUUGGAGGUCAGCAGGCAGGAGUGAGACUGAAGAUGAAAUGUCUCCCAGUGACCAAAGAGAUAAGAGGAACCAUGUGGCACAGCUGGUCAUGGCUACAGGACAGAGGGGUGCCACGUAAUAUGGAGGGUCUGUGUUCCAUCCAAGGAGUUUUUUCUCAGUUUCAGUCCAGGACUCAGCUCGCUGUGGACAGACACAAACUGCUCAUCUCUGGCUUGAAUGUCAGUGUGGCUGAUGGACGUGUGGCCCUGCUGCUCUCCUACUCUCCACCGGCUGCCAAUCAGACAGGGACACGGCCCAGUCUGGACUCUACCCUGACUACUCAGUUCAAAGGUCCUCUGCGGAGCGCCUCAUUAGACAUUAACUGUCAAGACUGGAGAGUCCAAGUGGUGGGGGAUGUCGGAGGCUGGGGCACUCAUGGAGGGUCCAAGGAGGCCAGAGUCACACUAAAACACACCCUACAGGGACAAACUAGCCCUGCCUUACAAGUGGAGGCCUGGGGAAGACUUACUGAGUCACAGCUCAGGUGCUCCAUAGCUGUCAACCCUGAACUCAGCUCCUCACUGGCACUCAUCCUCCAGGGGCACAAUCUGCCUCAUAGCAAGGACCUGAUUUUGAAGGUGGUUCAGAAUAUUCCCAGGAUAAUGGUUUACGUGCCUUCUCAGCUCAAUGUCCGCUCUCAGCUGAACCAGUCUCAGACCAGCGUGGCAGGCUUGGUGGAGGUGUUGUCAGGGAGGAGGAGGCUGUGGGCACUGGGGGAACUGGCAGCGAUACAGAGCGGAUACAGGCAGACUGUAGAGCUCAAACACUCAUACCCACAGUUGAAGCCGCUCCCCAGGACUGUCGCUAUGAGGACGGUAUAUGAGGCCAGAAACUGGAGCUACCAAAUCCAGCAUGGAGCUGUGUGGGGCAGCCAGGAGUUCAGCUUGUCUGGUCUCUACUCUGCACCUCCAGCACUGGAGAUGGGAAACCAGACCCUGAAGGUUCACAUCAACUGCAUUCCCCGUUGGACUAGUUUGGAGGCGACACUGGAGCGUUCUUUACAAGGCCGACUGGACAGUGUUUUACUGGGCUGGAUGAGGCAUGGCCGACUGGAACAGGUCAGAGCUCUUAGCUCAUGGAGUCAAUCAGAGGAGAUGAAUGAGACCAAACUGGAGCUGCAACAGCCCUUUUCCUCCACACUCAGCCAGAUGUCCCUUCACACACUGUCCCACAGCUCACUGAGGGAACAGCGCGGCAGCCAACAAGCCCACCUAUCAUGGAACAAUGCAGUGCCUGUCAACAUCUCCCUCAACCUGAACAAACAGUGGCAAAACUACUCCAGCAGGGGACAAGCAUGUGCUCUGUUCUCAACACAACAGGCAGUAGUGUCUUCUGUUAAAGGUUGUGUGUCAGUGGGUCAGGAGGGAAACUCAUAUUCACAAAAUGCAGAACUCAGAUGGGACAACAAGAGCAUCAAGCAAGGCCUGAAAUACCAGAAGGGCCCACGGGGAAUGCACAGUCUUCAGGUUAAUAUUGGCCUGGACAAAGUGUCUCGUGCACCCUGUCCUUCACACACACUCCUGGCUAAGAUUCAGACCAACCUCAGAGAUCGUUUGGAACACACAGUGCUGCUCAGCCUUUGCCCCCCACAACCUUCUUUGUCGUGGUCAGGAUCCCACAGAGUGAACACAGGAGAGGAGUUGUUUUACACACAGUCUCGCCUGUCUGUGACUGGACGGCCCUAUCAGUGCAGCCUCACCUUCGCCCUGACCAACUCCUCUACGGCUCAGGGCUCCAACAUGUCUCUGUUCUCUGAGUCUAGGAUGGGUAAUUGGAGUGUGGAGGUGGGGGGCAGUGCCCUGUCCUGGCCUCGGGGCUCUGGACUCCAGGUACAGGCCAGACUGGACCGCAGAGAGAUGAUGUGGCUGAAUGGGACUGUAGAGGGACGUUGUCUUCAGACCACAGCAGGAUAUAUGAACGGUCGAGGACUGAACGAGGACGUCACUGCGUUGGCAUGUGUGGGAACACAUCGCAGUCUGGCGCUGGAUGUGCAGAGGAGAGACGACAGCAGCAAACCUGAAACUCUAGGCACUGUGUUUGUAGGCUCAGCCAAUCAGAGGCUGAUGCUGAAAGCAAGCGGUUGUUUGGAAAGUCUAACUGCAGUGGAGGCAAGGAUUCAACAUUUGAGCUCUCAGAUUCAGAAGAAGCUGAUGGAGAGAAUCAAGACUUUACAGAAUCUCCUAUUUGAAUUCAGGCGGCAGUCCAAAGACAGUGAGUUGCUCCAGGAGCUGAGUGCUGUGCCUCUUCAUGUAUCCCAGCAAGUCGAGGCUCUGCUUGUGCACAGAGGCGGCGGUCUGCUUGCCCUGUGGCAGAAAAGCCCCCUGCGUCACACUCUGACCGACACCCUGCCCCGCUGUCUCGGCUUGCUGCAGCACGCCUCUUUGCUCGGACAACAGGAGCUGAGGAGGCCCUUGGCCACUCUGGCAGGUGUGUACCAGGAUCUGAAGGGCCAGAGGCUGGAGGCAUUGUGGAAGGAGGUUGUUUCUUUGUGGACUGACGGGCUGGUGGAGGUCUUACCUGCUCUGCAGGGGAAUCCUCAGCUGAGGCCGCUGGCUCAGGCCAGCGUUACCACACUCGGUGUCGUGCUGGAUGUGGCAGGUCAGCAUACCUACCACUGGAUGGAGACCAGGUUGGCAAUGGCUCUGUCCGGACUCAGGAAACGACUGGCUUCUGUCUACAAAUUCUCCCCCAGUGAGUGUUCAGUGAUUGUGUCGGUCCUGCUGCCAACACUCCCCUGGUCCAGAGUGGCCAAGGCUGGAUUGGUAGAGAUCCUUCUGGAGGAGUGGCUUCUGAGACCCCUGCAGACCCUCACCUCAGUCAGACCUUUAGCUGAACUUUACCGCCUCAAAAGGAAGAUCAUGGACAGCCCAUUUAGACACCAAGCUCUGCUGGUGGCAGAUCAGUUUGCAGUGACAUUUGACGGGCACCUGUAUGAGCUCCCGGGCUCCUGUCCGCUACUCCUUGCCCAGGAUGUCAGUGCUGAUCCUGCAUUUACACUGCUGCUCAAUUCAGACUCACAUAGCUUCCUUCUAAUAAGAAUGAGUAACAGCACCAUCAACAUUCAGCACAAUGGACAAGUGAAGGCCAACUGCAGCAGCGCUCCAACGCAUACAUUUCACAGUGACAGUGGAGUGACUGUCAGGAGUGGGUCAAACAUUGUGCAGGUGUCCAAUCAGAAUGGAGUGUCGGUGUCAUGUGAUCUGUCACUUGAGGUUUGCAGCUUCACUCUUGAUGGAUGGUUGCACGGCACAUCCACUGGUCUGUUAGGGACCAAUGACAAUGAAGCAGGAAAUGAUUCUCCUUUGCCUGAUGGAUCUCAAGCUGAGAACCUGGACAGGUUUUUCAACAGUUGGCAUGUGGGACAGAUAAAACCGGAGUGCAUUAGUCCACCAGGGGUGACAGAGCACUUUUCUAAAGUCAGCUGUGACUUUCUGUUCUCCUCUCCGGAUUCUCCACUGAGUUCCUGUUUCAGGGUGGUGGAUCCUGGUCAGUUCUUGUCAGUGUGUGAUUUGAGCUUAUCCAAAGCCCCCUGCAGAUUAGCAUCUGCUUUCGUUCUUCUGUGCCAGCAAAACUACAUACCUCUGGAAGUCCCUGCCCAGUGCUUGAAAGUCUGAAGGAAGGACGACCCUAUAGUGAAGAGCAAAUAUGGGUGAUUUUAUGACCUCUGUUAGCUGCUAAAAAGCAAAAUUUACACUUUUAUACCACUGUUUGUGCUACAUUACUUAUAUACU